AUGAAGCAGGGCGUUGCCCCCUCAGCCCUGGGUCUUCAAUUUCAGGCCCCGCUAGAGCAUAGGCUGAAGAUGGAGGAGAAGAACCCGUCCUGUUCCAGGCCAGCAGAGGGAGCUCGCAGGGGGCCUCGGGUUGUUCAGGCUGGCAACGCCAAGGAGAUUUUGCGUCGGGUGACGCCGCCCCAGAUUAAACAGGAACCGGAUGAGGGGCUGGCCCAGCGCUGGGAAGCCCAGUGGCAGGAGUUCCUGAAGGUGGUACAGUCCCCUCAGUCAGGAUGGGGGAACCCGCAGCUGCCAGAGCUGAUGGCUUUUGGCAACCCGAAGGGUUUCCAGGAGUCCCGGGGGAUGGCCCAGCAAGCCUUCGGCAGGGGAGGCGCCUGGAAGGUGAAGGAAGAAGUCUUGGAAGAGGAGGCUGUCAGCGCGGAGACGCAACGGCAGCGCUUCCGGCAUUUCUCCUACCAGGAGGCCGAGGGGCCCCGCGAGGCCUGUAGCCGCCUCCGGGAACUCUGUCAUCAGUGGCUGAAGCCGGAGCCCCACACCAAGGAGCAAAUCUUGGAGACGCUGAUCCUGGAGCAGUUCCUUAGCAUCCUGCCUCCAGGAAUCCAGGGCUGCGUGCGGGAGCGUGGCCCUGAGACCUGCGCCCAGGCUGUCACCCUGGUCGAGGGCUUUCUCCUGAGGCAACAGGAAGCCGAGCGGCCGCGGCAGCUGGUUGAUUCCAACAUCCAUCAUGCUCAAGAACACCUCUUCACUGGCAAGGUCAUCCUGGCCCCAGUGAACUACAUUUCCGAUAAGGCCUUGCGAGCACCAGAGGAGUCAAUCCUGCCUUUCCUAGGAGUUCAUGAGGUUGUUUUUCCGCGAGGCCGAGAAGGAAGUGUAUGGAAUAAGCAGUUCCACGGGGCCUCUCUUCUUUCUCAUUUCCUCCGGCUGGAAGGAGAAUUUGGCUCUCGCACCUCUGCAGGAAAGAGAUCCCCAGUGUCCUUUGAGGAGGUAGCUGUGUUCUUCACAGGGGAGGAAUGGACUCUCCUAGAUCCAGACCAAAGGAAACUCUACUGGGAAGUGAUGAAGGAAAAUUAUGAGACGAUGGCCUCUCUAGUUGCAGAUGUCAGGGAGAUGGUGAGUGAAAAGGAAUCAGGAAGGAGCAUUUUGGAAAAAGAUGAAGAUCUGCAGGUGGAAGCGAAAUCUGGGGAUCAAGUGGUACGAAAGCGGGACUGCAGAAGAAAAUGUGAAGUAAAAGAGCAGCAGAGGAAGAAAUUGGUUGGCUGUCAGAGCAGACAAUGUGGAAAUAGCUUCCACAGGAGAAGUGCACUAAAAGCACAUGAAAGGAUACACUCAGGGGAGAAGCCAUACAAAUGCUUGGAGUGUGGAAAGUGCUUCUCUCGGAGUAGUCAACUAACUGCACAUCAAAAGGUUCAUACAGGGGAAAAGCCAUAUAAAUGCUUGGACUGUGGAAAGUGCUUCUCUCACAAUAGCAAUCUAAUUACACAUAAAAGGAUUCACACAGGGGAGAAGCCAUACAAAUGCUUGGAGUGUGGAAAGUGCUUCUCUCGGAAUGACAGCCUAACUGCACAUCAAAGGGUUCACAGAGGGGAGAAGCCAUACAAAUGCUUGGAGUGUGGAAAGUGCUUCUCUCAGAAUAGCACCCUAACUCAACAUAAAAAGGUUCACACAGGGGAGAAGCCAUAUAAAUGCCCGGAGUGUGGAAAGUGCUUUUCUCAGAAUGGCCACCUAAUGUCACAUCAAAAGGUUCACACAGGGGAGAAGCCAUAUAAAUGCUUGGAGUGUGGAAAGUGCUUCUCUCAGAAUUGCCACUUAAUGUCACAUCAAAAGGUUCACACCGGGGAGAAGCCAUAUAAAUGCUUGGAAUGUGGAAAGUGCUUCUCUCAAAAUAGCAACCUAAUUACACAUAAAAAGGUUCACACAGGGGAGAAGCCAUAUAAAUGCUUGGAGUGUGGAAAGUGCUUCUCUAACAAUUGCAACCUAAUUUCACAUCAUAAGGUUCACAUGGGGGAGAAGCCAUAUAAGUGCUUCUUCAGAAUGGCGACCUAA